AUGACCUCCUACUGCCACUGUGAACACCAUUCAAAGCUCUACAGUGUAGUUUCUCUUGAUCACAUGAACAUCCAAACUAGUGGCAGUAACUCGACUCCAGCCGUUGCCCGUGACGACCUGAGCGACGUGGUGCUGAAGAAUUCUUUCUCAUUGAAUCCUCGCUACAUUCUCUAUAUCCACCUGGUUAUAAACGACAUCAUCGUCUUGACCAUGCUGAGCCUGCUUUACAUCCUUAGCUACACCGUGUUCACCCUGAACGUGUCUCUGUGCAUGGUGCUGGUGAUCUUAGCAGUUUGCACCAACAUAAACAACCCUAUGACCCUCGCUAUCAUGGCUAUUGAGUGCUAUGUAGCCGUCUGCUUCCCUCUGCACCACCCCCGGUACUGUACAGUCAAGAAAACCUACAUCGUCAUUGUGUUAAUUUGGUUGUCAAGUCUCUUAACCAACCUACCAGACGUCUUCGUGAGCUUGGCUUUCGAAUCCUUAGACUUUUUCCAUCAGCGUUUGUUCUGUGUAAGGAAUAUGAUUUUCCGACACCCAACUCUGGCACAAAAGAGAGAUAUUUCCUAUGGUGUGUUGUUAGUGGUUGUGUGCCUGACUCUUUUGUACGUAUAUUGUAAAAUUCUCCUUGCAGCGCAGUCAGCAAGCAUGGAUGCGAAGAAGGCCCGUAAUACAAUCCUCCUGCAUAGCUUUCAACUGAUGCUUUCCCUGCUCACUUAUCUCAAUAGUGUUUUAGAGUCUGGCCUAAGAUACUUGUUUCCAGAAAGUAUUGUGCUAAUCAGAUUCUUUAUAGUCAUCUUUGUUAGUCUCCUGCCUCGUCUGAUCAGCCCAUUGGUCUAUGGGCUCAGAGAUAAAGCAUUCAGGAAAUACCUAAAGUACUAUUUUUUAUGUAUGAAAAAAAAUCGAAUUGAUAGUUGA